AUGUCGGAUAACCCCAACCCUGGUAACUUCGCCAACCGACCUCAGGAGGAGGUCGAGAAUAUUGCUCGGAAGGGUGGGCAGUCUAGCCACCAGGGCGGAUUUGCUUCGAUGGAUCCCAACAAGCAGAGGAACAUCGCCUCGGAGGGCGGUCACGCCUCAAGUGGAAGCUUCCAGCCCGGAGACGAGAGAGCCAAGGAAGCAGGCCGAAAGGGAGGUCAAUCAUCCGGGCAGCCGGAUGAAUAG